CGGGGAGCGGGCGGGGGCCGCGCAGGGCCGGAGGAGGGCCCGGACCCCGCUCCGAGCGGGCGCUGUGGGGGCGAUGGGGGCCGGCGGGGCGAUGGGGACCCGCGGGCUGCCGCCGCUGCCGCCGCUGCUGCUGCUGCUGCUGGGCGCCGCGGGGCCGCUGCUGCGGCCGGCGGAGUCGGCGGAGCCGGCGGAUCCCGUCAGCGCCGAGCGGAGCCUGGCGUGGGGCCCCGGGCUGGACGCGCGGCUCACCGUGCCCGUGCGGCACUUCUACAUCCAGGCGGUCAGCGCGGCCGGACGCAACUUCUCCCGCUCCCCGCCAGGGAGAACACAGUUUAAAGUGGUAAUUAAAGCACUCUCUCCAAAAGAAGUCACCAGAAUUUACACCCCUUGGCCUUUGGAUAGAAAUGAUGGUACAUUCCUCAUGCGGUAUCGGAUGUAUGGAAGUGUCACAAAAGGCUUAAAAAUUGAGAUUCUUUAUGGUGAUCAGCAUGUGGCUCAAUCACCUUAUAUUUUGAAAGGACCAGUUUAUCAUGAAUACUGUGACUGCCCUGAGGAAGACCCUGAGGUGUGGCAGGACAUGAUGUCCUGUCCAUCCCAAGAACCUCAGAUUACACAAGACUUCAUUUCGUUUCCCACCAUCGACCUGCAGCGAAUGCUUAAGGAAAUCCCAGCAAAGUUCAGCCCCACCAGAGGUGCUCUUGUUCAUUACACUGUUCUUGAUAAUCACAUCUACCGGCGCUCCUUAGGGAAGUACACAGACUUCAAAAUGUUCUCGGAUGAAAUGCUCCUGUCCCUGGCUAGGAAGGUUCGCCUUCCUGACGUGGAGUUUUACCUCAAUGUUGGAGACUGGCCAGUUGAGCAUCGCAAAGCUAAUGACACCCCUGGCCCUGUACCUGUCAUCUCCUGGUGUGGCUCUGUGGAUUCCAGAGAUAUCAUCCUGCCUACCUAUGAUGUAACCCACUCGACUCUGGAAACCCUGCGGGGAGUCACCAAUGAUCUCCUUUCCAUUCAGGGAAAUACAGGCCCCUCCUGGGAAAACAAAACUGAGCGGGCUUUAUUCAGAGGGCGAGACAGCCGAGAGGAACGUCUUCAUCUUGUCAAGUUAUCCAAGGAAAAUCCAGAGCUACUAGAUGCUGGGAUAACUGGAUAUUUCUUCUUCAGAGAAAAAGAAAAAGAGCUGGGGAAGGCUCAGCUGAUGGGCUUCUUUGACUUCUUUAAGUAUAAAUACCAAGUGAAUGUAGAUGGCACUGUAGCUGCUUAUAGGUUUCCAUACCUCUUGCUGGGUGACAGCCUGGUAUUGAAGCAAGAUUCCCAGUACUAUGAACACUUUUAUAUUGGAUUAAAACCUUGGAAGCAUUAUGUUCCAGUUAAAAGAAACUUAGAGGACUUGAUAGAGAAAAUAAAAUGGGCUAAGGAAAAUGAUGAGGAAGCAAGAAAAAUUGCUAAAGAAGGACAACUAAUGGCAAGAGAAUUACUUCAGCCUCACAGGUUUUACUGCUACUAUUAUAAAGUGCUCCAGAAAUAUGCCGAACGCCAAGCCAGCAAACCUGAAAUACGGGAUGGAAUGGAACUUGUACCUCAGCCUGACGACAGGGACUCGGUGUGCAGUUGCCACAGGAAAAAGCCUUUAAGGGAAGAUCUGUAACUGUACUGGAUGGAGAAAAUGACCCACUUAAAAUGCAAGAAUAGGAAUUAAGCUGUGAAAUCUAAGACUCUAAUGCAGUUGCAGACAUUCUUAGUUAUGUAUUCUUCUUGUAUUUUCAUACCCUUUUUCACGCUAGUUCUGAUCUGCAGUGUUGGUUCUCACAGUUUUGGCUCUAUGACCACCACCAGACAGUGGGGAAUGUCUGGGGGAUUUGUUUGAUGUACUGCAUCAGCAGGAAGAAGAGCACAGAGCUGCUCGUGUUCCAGAUGGGACCUGUUUACCAAAGGUUUAUGAGGAACUAGUCACCACAGAAGAUCUUGCCAUGAGUCAGUGCAAGUUAUUCUAAAGGAGCAUUUGUGACACAUUGAAACAGUGUUAUGAUUUCCUCAUAAAGUUUACCUCAGUGUUAGAUUGUUUCUUGUAUACAAAACAAUUUUUGAACUAGACAAAGAAAAUGAGUAUUUGUGAUUUACAGAUAUCAGAUCUGGUCAUGCUUCCCGAUUAUUUUGUGGUCUGUGACAGGUAACAGACAAUGUGAUAUAACACUCAUCAAUUUUAGAGGAAAAUGGAGAGGAAGGGGAGAGAUUAGAAAAAUAUGUUUAUAAGCAUCAUGGCUGUGAAUCACCAGAAUUAAAUGCUGCUUUAAACAGACUCUGUAGCUAGCACAAUCACAGUGCUUUGGGUGCCAAGUCACCAUUCUGAAGACCUGUUCCCUGCCAGUGGCUGUCUGUGAAUGUAGGCACAGAUCCACAAAAGGACUUGGGAAUUUCAGGCCGUGGGAAACACUGGUGUCUUAGUUCAACAAUACCAUCUACAGUAUUCUAGAUUAUGUGAAAUCUGAAAUUCGUUACCAGAGUUUUAGACCACCUAGGUUUACCUGUUGUGUAAUAGUUGGGGGUUAGAGUCCACAUAAAGCAAUUGGGAAUCUGGUGGUCCUCCUUGGUUUAAUUCAAAGCCAUUUUUUCCAGAGGGUGCCUUAGCUCCAGACUGGACAAGAGGUUUUCAGGUCUUGUGCUGAAGUUCACAUGCACCCAUGAAGUUAGCAAUGUGAAAUUCACAAGGGCAGAAGGAUCUGGUCAUACCUUUUGGAUAAAGUCUGCCUUUGGAUGGGGCAGAAGAAAAAUCCUAGUCCUGGAUGCAGUUCUGAAUACCUGUGUUCAUUUUUGCCCACUUCAAAAUGCAUAAAUAGUCCUGGCAGGAGACACCAAUACCAAGACUGGUGCUCACAAGCACCCAUUUCUGUGUUUCCAUCUUGGCUAAUUCAGCCUGCCUGAGCAGCUCCUGAUUCACUACAGUCAGAUAAAGCUUUCAUGGAUACCAAAUUUUUCCUACGCUAAAAAGAAUGGAGAUGUCUUCAGACAGUAGACUUGUCUGAUUUGGUGCAUAAAAUUCAGUGCUCUACAUGUCAUGCAGGCUUCUUUCUUGAUUCUGUGCUGCAAAUUACAUAAAAUUUCUGCAUUAGAACAGGAGGAAAGGCAGUAUGCUAAAUAUGGAAAGAACUGUGGCUUUCUUGAGAGCUCAGUGCAACUGUCCAUCAGUCAUUUAUUAAAUUAUGCCAGUUAAGAAAAGAACCUGUAUCAUGUGUCUGUACCCAUAAUCCUCUUUGUUCUGGUGCUAACACUCAUAUUUAUAGUGGUUGUAUUUUUAUUUAGCAUGAAAAUCACUCCCAGAACUUCAGGCUAUAAAUACAUGUUUAACUCACCUGACAUAAAAUUUUCUACAUCAAAGUUCAGGAAGAACAGGGUUCCAUUGCUGAAGCUGACAUUUAAAGACUGAGUGUUAGUUUAAAGACUUUGUUCUAUGUGUACUGUCAUUUUUACUGCAUUACAUGAUCUUAUUUUGGGAAAUUACUCAUUAUGCCAUGUGCUUUUUAUGUUCACCAAUGUUUAUGGAGGUGGUGUGCUCAGCAAAGGCAAGUAAACGUAAAAGAUGUUUGAACAACAAAGUUUUCCACAUAUUUCAAAUCAGUAGUCCAAAAGUGACUCAUUUAUAUUUUUUGAAGAAUAGGGAGAGAAUAGGGGGAGUCAUGAUAGAUACUUCAUGGUUCUUUGGAAAUAUCUAUGUAGGAAAACUUGCCUAGCUUGAAACAGAAGUGUCUCAAACUGAAGGAAAAAUCAGAUAAAAUUUAUAUUAUGAAUUAAAUAAAUGUGAAUAUUUUAUCCCUCCUUUCUUCCCUCAUAAAAAGAGAAAGUAACUAUUCUUAAUUCUUCUCUGCCAGAAAAAUCCUUGCUUUUGUAAUAAGUGUCAUUUCAAAGCAAAUACUAGUUUGUCAACAGAGUGCCUUACAGAUGCUUUUACAGCUUACAGGCAAGAAAUAUCCUGAAAAAUAUGACUGCAUUGAUCUUCUUGUUGUAAUUAAAAAAUAGUAGAGAUGGUGGAACUUUUACUACAAGUCCACAGCAAUUUGAGAAAAUGUGGUUCAGUUUAUAACUAUAGCUCUUCGUUACCAAAAGAAGGUAAGGCAAAGUCUCUCUUCUUUCCAUUGGUGUUACUAUAUGCAAUUUAAAAUGUAUUGAAGAACAAUCAUGACAUUUUCCCCACCAGGGCAGAAAAAUAUGUCAGAUCUAUUUGAGUUUGAUGAGAGGAUGAUACCCAUCAGCCUGGUGUGUUACAGGAAAUGCUAAAUAUUGAGGAAAACCUGGUUUUGCAAGUGAAGUGUAUUACAUACAUUAAGUAGAUUUUUUAAGUGGCGUAGACUGGACUUUGUAUUAUUCCGUGGUAAUUCUUGAACAGCGACUCUUGAAAAAUCUCUUGUUGGUGGUAAUUUUGGAAAACUGUUACCGUACCACAGUACUAAAUUUUGCUGUAGUGAUUUCAGUUUUUAACUAGAGAGUAAAACCUGUCCUAUUUUUGUUAGGGAUUUACCAGUGAUGACAGAGGUAGGUUUAUUUGUUUGAAAUAGUAUGUCCUAAAGCCCGGGGCUAAUGUCUUCAAACACAGGAGUCUGCAGAGAAGGGGUUUGACUUCCAUAAAUGUUGGGAAGGCAGAGCCUUUACCUAAGGUUCUUUAUUUUCAUAUUUCUUCAACUUUAACAUAGCUUCAUAUAGUGAACACUGCUUUUAUAUUAUGUCAUAUGUAUGUCCUAAUAUAUUUAGGCACCUCCAUUUGGAAAUACCCAACCUCACUGUUGUCUUGAAAUGAGAACUAGUAAAUCCUGAUCUGUUGAACAUAAAGGAGAUACAGUUAUGUAUUUUAGACUGUAUUUUUUUACAUUUACCUCAAGAUCACAAAUAUACUGGUUUCGUGACAGAAUUGUGCCAGGCCUGCCUUGUAGAUCCAUGAUUAAAAAACCCUAUAAUCAGAGCUUGUCUGAUGGAAUGUUAGAUUCAGGCAUCCAUGCUGGGAAGCAUACGCCCGACAUUUAUUUCAUUACAAAGUAAAUUAUUUAGUUAGGGAGGAGAGCUGACAAGCAAAACAUACAUCACCUGUUGCAGCACGUCGGAGAAGCUUGCAAAGAAACUAUAAUAGGGAAAAGAAGCAUUAUAUAAACCUAUGAUAUUAUCAGCUCCUUUAGCACUGCAGUUCUGCAAAAAUUUUGUCUGUAAGGGGGCUGAUGAAGUGCAAGAUUUUAUAUUAAUAUAUUAUUUAAGUUCACAGGAUUUAAUGGCUAGAAUCUUCUUGUCCGAGAAGUUUAAUAGCAUUUUAAUGAGGCUAUAUGACUACUAAUGCUUGAGUAUUGAGUACAAUGCUGCUGUGUUCAUAGUUGUUCAUAGGAAAAUCUAUACUGCAGUUAUGGUACUAGUUUUGGAUUUUGUUGUGAGAAUAAGGGGACAAGGAUUAUUUGCAUGUUUGUUUGAAGUAAUUUUAAACAUCUGUAGCACUUCCUUAAUUGAGUCCCAUCAUGUGAGCAGUGAUGAGCAGGAGGUGUGCUAGCAGGAGUGUGGCCAGCAGGUCAAGGCAGCUGCUGCUUCCCUCCUGCCUGGCAGUUGUGAGGCUGCAGCUGGAGUCCCAUAUUCAGCCUUGGACUCCUCGGUUCCAGAAAUACCUUGACACCCAACAUGGACCACAAGGGUGAUAAAGGCAGUGGGGCACACGGUGUGUGAGGGCAAGCUGAGAGAGCAGGGUUAGGUCAGCCUUGGAAAGAGAAGGCUUCUCAGAGGGACACAGCAGAAGUCCUAACAACAGACUGCAUCAUGGGAAAUUCCAAUUAGAUAAGGGAAAAAGAAUCCUAAACUGCUAUCCCCAGGAGAUGAAGGUUGGUCUGUGUGACCUCCAGAUGUUCAUUGUUCUGUGAACUACAUUUCAGUCACUCAACAAGCAUUAGUCACGUAGCAGAAGGAUGAGCUCAGCUCUUGAGUGUCUCCAAGAGGCAACAUAGCCUUUCUGUGCUGACACUUCUGACAAUAUUCAUGGUUAGGUCUCCUUUGGUAAUACUGACAAAGUUUUGCACCUAUUUUUUGUGUUGGCUUGUAAGGCUAUAAAGUUAUAUAUUAAUGUUAAUUAUACUUUUAUAAUAUUAAUAUGUAUAAUACAAUAAUUUACCUUACUAAUAUACAUUUUCACAAUAUAUCCUAGUCAUGCAGUACAUGGAAGAUUUGACAGAAGUGAGAUACAUUAAAUUGGCAUUACAGGCCUGGACUGAAAGUAUGAGACCUGCUCUUUGAAGAAGCUGAGUAUCUCCUUUACAGAUUCCUGAAGGAAGACUGUACCCAUCUCGCCAUCGCUGGGCCGAUCUUGCCAUAAUGGACCCUUUUCUACAGGAUCAUCUCUACAACAAAAACCCCAUCCGUUUCUCCAGGAGGAUUUAUCUGGACUGCUUCCAACACCCUGACCAAGAGGGUGUAAGGUCAUAUUCCUGACAAUUAUUUCAGGGUUUCUAGGAUUUUUGUUUGUUUGUUUGCUUGGUUUUUUUGUACUACUACAUUUGUAUGUUUCAUAUUCCUAGUAAAGAACUGUUAUUCCUAUUCCCAAA